GUCUGUGUGUGUUAACAUGCAGCAAUACCACUAUCACUUUUCACACAACCUUAAACAAACCAGAGAGCAUUACCUAAUCUUAUUUUGCAGUUGAUGAUAUCAUGACAUCAGAGCUUCAACUUCCAGGAUUCAGGUUCCACCCUACUGAAGAUGAACUCCUUAAUUUUUAUCUCAAGAACAUGGUGUUUGGGAAAAAAAUUCAUUAUGAUAUUAUUGGUUUGCUUAACAUUUAUCGCCAUGAUCCUUGGGACUUGCCAGGAUUGUCGAAGGUGGGCGAGAGAGAGUGGUAUUUCUUUGUGCCUAGAGACAGGAAACAUGGAAGUGGAGGAAGGCCUAACAGGACUACUGAACAUGGAUUCUGGAAAGCCACUGGUUCUGACAGGAAAAUUGUGAGCUUAUCUGAUCCGAAACGCAUUAUUGGCCUCAGAAAAACUCUUGUUUUCUAUGAAGGAAGAGCCCCUAAAGGAAUGAAGACUGAUUGGGUUAUGAACGAGUAUCGCCUCCCGGAUAGUUGCCCUCUGCCAAAGGACAUUGUGUUAUGUAAGAUAUACAGGAAGGCAACUUCCUUGAAAGUCCUGGAGCAAAGGGCAGUGGAGGAAGAGAUGAAGACAAUUCAAACAUCGCCUUCCCCACCAUCAUCGUUUGAGACAAUCUCCUUUUGUGGUCAACAAGAAGAUCAUCAACUAAUGGCGCCCAUAGUAUCGCUACCUCAUAUGAUCCUCAAGCAAGAACAAGAAGUGAUCAUGGUAGAAGAAUUUUUGCAUGAAAAAGUUGUAAAAGAUGAGAAAAAAGGGUCUUCAAUGUCUUUGCAAUUACCGUCAGGGAAGACAGAAUUGCCAGAGCUCCAAGUACCGAAAACGAACACGGAUUGGAGUCAGGACCCAGUUUGGACUCAGCUCAGUCCCUGGCUUCAAAAUUUGACGCAGAAUUUGACCCCUAGUUGUGCUAACAUUCUGAAUUUCUAGAGCAUAAUAUUAUGUUGCCAAGAAUCAAAUAACUUCGGUGAUCAUGUAUAGCUAGAUUGCAUUCGAAUCCUGGCUGUGUAUCUAUAAUUUUGUUGUCAGUUUAUCUUGCUCAGUGAAAAUUAAUGUCUGAACUGAGCACUAAUUUUGAAGUGUUUUGAUGAUAUUCAUGUAGAUGGGAUUCUACAUUUCAAUUAAUGUACUUGAUAAUCUUCGUUACUAAUUUUUGUUUUC